AUGGACCAGAGCAGUAUAACUCCUAAUACAUCUAAUCAGCAGCUGGUGAUUAAUGGCGAUAAUGAGUCUGCGACAGCGCUGCUGCAGGAGAAGCAGGCGAGGAGACGUGUAACACUGAGUGAUGUUACCUUGAGAGAAUUCAUGACAGUCGGAAUACUGUGUUUUGUCAACCUCAUCAAUUAUAUGGACAGAUUCACUAUAGCAGGUGUCCUAAAUGAUGUCAAGAAUGAGUUUGGAAUCGGCGACGACAAAGCUGGCCUACUGCAGACGGUGUUUGUGGUCGCGUACAUGGUGUUUGCGCCGAUCUUCGGCUACCUGGGCGACAGGUAUUCGCGGCGGGCUAUAAUGGCGGCUGGAGUCGCCCUGUGGAGUGCCACGACGCUUAUUGGUUCUUUCAUACCGGACUUUACGACUUUUGCUGUGUUCCGAGGGUUGGUCGGUAUUGGUGAAGCGUCCUAUUCAACCAUCGCACCAACUAUUAUCAGUGACCUCUUCGUAGGAAAUGUACGGUCCAAGAUGCUUGCGUUCUUCUACUUUGCAAUUCCAGUUGGAAGCGGUUUUGGAUACAUUGUGGGUUCCGUCGCCGGGGCAGCGGCAGGCGACUGGAGAUGUGGUCUCCGUGUAACGCCAUUCUUGGGUGCCGCUGCGGUUGCCCUCAUCGUAUUCAUCAUGGAGAACCCGGAGAGGGGGCUGGCUGAAGACUGUCACAUGAAACCGACAUCGUAUCAGGACGACUUGAAGUCUUUAAUUAAAAACCCUUCGUUUAUGCUGUCAUCUAUUGCGUUUACGUGCGUGGCUUUCGUGACUGGUGCUCUGGCGUGGUGGGGCCCCGAUUUCAUAUAUAUGGGUCUUAUAAUGCAGCCCGGCGCGGACAUCACUCUUGACAGCGUGUCCUACAAGUUCGGGCUGGUCGGUAUGCUGGCCGGGACUUGCGGGGUGCCGCUGGGCUCCGCCCUCGCCCAGCGCCUCCGCGCCCGCUACCCCGACGUGGAUCCGCUGCUUUGCGGCUUCGCGCUCCUCACUUCGGCACCUCUCGUCUACUUCGCGCUCGUCGCGGUCACGGCCCUCCCGGCCUUCACCUAUUUGCUUAUCUUCCUCGGAAUGGUCACUCUCAACCUGACCUGGUCUCUCGUCGCCGACAUAGUCCUGGUGAGGGUCGAGAUAACGAUCCGACAAUGUACUCAUGUCUAG